UAUUAAAAUAUUUAGUGUAACAUUGGUGGCCAUUACAAAACCUAAACUUUUUUAUCAGGACAAAUGUCCACUUGAUGUUUCGGCGACGUUGUGACUAAUCUUUCGAAAAGCAAACUAAAAACACGAGUCCUGUGAUUCAGUCUUUUGUAGUUCUUAUUGUGCGAGUGCCGUGACUUCCAUAACCGAGAAACCUUGCAGUAUAUUCGAAACUGCUUUCAAGCCGACCGACGAUUUAUUACUAAGGUUCCACGCGUUGCUAUAAACGGUCGCCGAAACAUCAAAAGAAAUUGGUGAUUGCAGUGUAACAACAAUGAUUUUGAGAUAAAUUGUAUAAAAGUGUUAUUAGUCGAAGUGUAGAACUGCAAAAAACGGAAAUAAUAUUGAAAAGUUUUGAUAAAAGAAGUGUUGUUGGUGUUUGAGUGUGGCAUGGGGGGAGACUGCGCGCCCCUACGGGUGUGGUGACAUGGGCUGCUCGGCUUAUGAAGCCGUGCACCGGGAGUGAGCAGUGUGGGGCCAGGCUGGCACACAUCUAGUAUUAUGAACAAACGCGAAGGCAACAAGGAGAAGGAACGUCAGAGUGACGAAAAAAGAACUUCCACCGCUACCGGCGCGGUGGGCGGGCGCGGCGUGGGCAGCAGCGCGAUGCAUCCAUCGCGGCACUCCGUCACCUCGUCGUCGGGCGUGUUGAUGGUCGGGCCCAACUUCCGCGUCGGCAAGAAGAUCGGCUGCGGGAACUUCGGGGAGCUCCGACUGGGGAAAAAUCUGUACAACAAUGAACAUGUAGCGAUUAAGAUGGAGCCUAUGAAAUCCAAGGCUCCACAACUCCAUCUAGAGUACCGAUUUUACAAGCUACUCGGUACACAUGCCCCUUCGACAGCGGAAGGCAUCCCGGAGGUGUACUACUUCGGACCGUGCGGCAAAUACAACGCGCUGGUGAUGGAGCUCCUCGGGCCGUCGCUGGAGGAUCUCUUCGAUCUGUGCGGCCGGCGGUUCUCUUUAAAGACUGUGUUAAUGAUCGCUAUGCAGCUGUUACAUCGUAUCGAGUAUGUCCACACGAGACAUCUAAUAUACCGAGACGUGAAGCCGGAGAAUUUUUUAAUAGGUAGAACAGCAACUAAAAGGGAAAAAAUCAUCCACAUCAUUGAUUUUGGUUUGGCCAAAGAGUAUAUAGAUUUAGAGACAAACAAACAUAUCCCAUAUCGGGAGCAUAAGUCACUCACCGGGACCGCAAGAUACAUGUCAAUAAAUACACAUUUAGGAAAAGAACAAUCUAGACGCGACGACCUGGAGGCUCUCGGGCAUAUGUUUAUGUAUUUUUUACGUGGUUCCUUACCCUGGCAAGGUUUAAAAGCUGAUACACUCAAAGAGAGAUACCAAAAAAUUGGUGACACCAAGCGUGCGACGCCUAUUGAGGUGUUAUGCGAGGGCCACCCCGAGGAGCUGGCGACGUACCUGCGCUACGUGCGGCGGCUGGACUUCUUCGAGACGCCGGACUACGACCAGCUGCGGCGCAUGUUCCGCGACCUGUUCGAGCGGCGCGGCUACCAGGACGACGGCGAGUUCGACUGGACCGGCAAGACCAUGCCCUCCAACAUUCACGUGAUGCGCAUCUUGCGUAACGCACCACCCUCCAAUGUCGUUAGAACUAAGUCGGACAAGUCGACGCCCGUGGGUUCCAUCCAGACCGGGCACGAGAUCGUGGUGUCGCCGAACCGGGCGCACCAGCCCUUCCACAAGGAUGAUUUGUGUGAUUAUAUGAUUGGUUUGGUGGAGGACGAUGAAGCGGCUCUCAUCCAGGGCACGGCGAAGGAGGCGGGCUUGGGCGGCGCCACCAACUCGGGCGGCAACUGGCCGCACAGCGGCAAGGCCACGCCGCUCACCGCCGGACACCUCACGCCCGCCGACCGCCACGGCUCCGUGCAGCUGUUGAAGAAUAAGCAUUUUCGGUGGUGUCGUCGACGAACGGCGAGCUGGGCGCGGACGACCCCACGGCCGGCCACUCCAACACGCCCAUCACGGCGCCGCAGCACGACCAGGACCUCCAGGACGACACCAAGUCAGUGUUCCAACUGCAAUCCGUCUAUUCCAGAUGCUGCUGCUUCUUCAAACGCAAAAAGAAGAAGUGCGCCGCCCGCACGGGCAAGUGACGCGCGCACACGCACGCGCACUUGCACCGUCACACACACACUCACACACACACGCCACACUCGUGCCCGCACACACGCCCGCACGCGCACGCGCACGCGCACGCGCACGCGCGCACCGCUCGCGGGCUCGCGAAACCCUUCGCCGGCCUCUCGCGCUUCUAGCGAGGACAUCGCCCCCGUCGCUUACCCGCUCGAUGAGGGUGUUUGCCGGGAUUUUUCUAUCUCUGAAACUGAAACUUUGUCUUUAUUGGGUGAUAAAAAACGUAGUUGGACCAAGCUAACUUUGCAUGGCAUUUGCAAUGAAAAAGUGUGGUUAUGUCAUCAUUACUGUCUAAUUUCUAUGAAAAUAUGUCGUUGCUUACACUGUUCUCUUCAUUUUGAUGCAAAGUUAGCUUAGACGGACUGUAGUAAAGUGUUUUAAGUAGGCUUUGCUAAUGAUAAACAAUAUAACUUUUUGACGCGAUUUCUCAAUUUGAAGUAAUUUUUAAUAUAAUGAAUGCAAGAAUUAAUUCAUUGCGUGUUGCUAAAAACUUAAAAAAAAAACUAAGUUACUUUUUCAUCAUUAACUGAAGCGUGUUUGACACUGAAUUUACAUUAAAUCUACACAGACAUAAAAAAGUGGAAAGUGGUCAAGUCAAUAGAAUCAAAAUAACGGUUUCACCAGAUGGUGUUUGUUUUCAGAACGUCCGGUCAACAUAACUCUGGCAAUGUGCGAACACCACCUUAAAACCACCUUGACCACCAAAUAACUAUUGAACAAAUUCAGAGAUAGAAAAAUCAUAAAUCUGAAGCCUUAAUGAUUGGCCUGUCGAAGACUGGUAUCGACCCCUCUGCGCUGCAGUAAAAGUGCUCCAGUUUGUUCUUAUGUGCCAGUUCUAAAAAAUCCUGAAGAGUUUUUAUUGAAGAUUGAUGUUUUUAUUGAAUUGAUUUUAUUAAAGAGUUUAUAUUGUAGUCCAUCCAAAAAAACCUGGUAGGAAUUUUAUUCAAAGCUGUCAUUCGCGAGGCAAAGUAACUGUAAACGCGGGAUUUUCAAGCGAUCAGUGGUCGAGAUUUGAGUUAAAAAAACUUAAAAUGGAUUUUAUUUAAAGAUGAUUGGUUUCGAAUAAACUCGUCAAGUUUGGCCGAAUUUGUACUUAGGAAUAAAUUGGAAACUUAAUGCUGCAAGGGUUGAGGGACGAGAUUUUCGAUUCCUACGUUUUACAAUCAGGGCUACCUUGAUAAAUGUGAUAUCAAAACUAUCUUAUAUUAAACACAAUGAGAAACACACAUUAAUACUCGGAAAUGCCAUUUACGAGUGCAUACACAAAAUUGGUAUUACAAUCUAUUUUACAAGCUUUUUAUUAACUUGCUAUGUACCUAUGUAUGAGUACGGGUCAAAUCUUGCAAGUUAAAUUUGACCCACUUUCCGACUUCCAUUGAAGCUGAAAAUUUGCAUACUUAUUUAAGUCGGGUGACAAUGCAAUAUUAUGGUACCAUCGAGCUGAUCUGAUGAUGGAGACAGGAGGUGGCCAUAGGAACUCUGUGAUAAAACAACGCAACCUAAUUGUGUUUGGGGUUUUUAGAAUUGUCUCGAUGAUUAUUAGUUGCCUGUGGAAAAAAAAUACAGUGAGCGAUAAAAGCUUGUACUUACCUAAAACUUAUUAAAUAUGUAUACGCAAAUAUUAAAUUGGUUUGUAAGCGUGGUAUAUGUGCGCGCGUGUAUUGAGACAUGUGAUGACUGAUGAUGUGGUGGUUUCUUUAAAAUAAAUACAAACUGAUAGGUGCAUAAGAAAGUUUAGAUCUAUAAUUUUAUUAAGAUGGUAGCCCGUAUUGUAAAAUGUUUAGUGGCUUUAUAGCAGAACAUUUUGAUCAACUCUAUACGUUUAAGAAUAUACUUCAACGUAUAGAGUGCAAAAUUUGGAAUAGUAUUCCAAUGUAGUGAAAGUUACAUCUAAUUCGUUAUUGUGUUAACAUUAUUUGCAUGUCCUUAUUUAUCUCUGGAUUAACAAUUAACCGGUCACAAUUUCGCGCGCCGGCGGCAAGAAGCGAGUCGCCAUGAGUGACAGUGAUGCCCGAACGUGGCAUCUCACUUCUACUCGUACAGCAACAAGGUUUAAUAGGUUGCAAAAGGGUUUGGAGUGUCAGUUCAGGGUGUGAAGGAUGGUAACAUUGGUAACACUCGACGAAGCCGCAGACGCGCGGUGUCGUGACCUCGCCGUAGUUUUUUUUUGUUGGGACCACUAUCCCUUUCGGAAUCAUUGAGAUACUAUUUCAAGCGUCGGUAAUAAGUUAUAACUGUGCUCAUCGCCACAACCUAGCUUCUACUUUUACGAUUAAAAUCACAUGUAAAAUACUUAUAUAAAGAAUUUUAUGUAAAUUUAAUAAGGUUAUCGUCGCUCAGAAACAUACACGAUCGCCGUUCAUUUUGAAGCGACUUUAAAUCUCUGUUGUCAUUACUAUUGAGAUCUUUAUUAUAUUAUAGUGUUUGUCGACAAGAGUGGAAUCAUUGUUAUUUGAAUCGAUACUCAGAUCGCGACCGUUGGUCACCGUCAUCAGUAGAGUUCACCGCGAGGGUCGAGGCGGAGACGGCGGGGUGUGGUCGCAGUUCAGUUUUGUGUUCCCGUCCGUAGCGAAUUAUGUUUAAUAUUUUCAAUUCUUUCCCUUUCUGGCGGCUGACUUAUUGGCGACAUAGCGACUAGCUCCAGUAUUUUCUCUCCCAAGAAACGUACAAUAACUAGUAGAUCUUGUGUGAAUAGGAGAGAUAUUAUUAAUUAGUUGCUCGUUGUUGGCACGGUUGGCAGAAAUUAAGCCGAGGGCCAUAAUGAAACGCUCCAAGUCGCUUCGAGUGUUACCUUGCCUUGAAGCGUUUUUGGUGGCUGAAGCUCAGCUAUCAAAGAAAAAAAAAGGUACUCGCUUAUCGGUGAUGGGCAGCCGCCACUUUGAGACGUGAGAUUUACUAUAAGUACCUCAUUUACAUAACUUAGGUCCGCGUUGGUCCAUUCCAGCCUCCAUCAUCAUAGAUGUAACAAACUAGUGUCGCUUGACGCAAUCGACGUCCCGUUUUCAUUACUUACGCUGUGUAUUGGAUUUUGUUACUUAGUAAAGCAUUACCAUAACAUAUGACUUACGUUAUGUCGUUCGGUUUGUGCGUUGAACGUUCCUUGUGGCUUUAUUCCAUACAGGUUGUGACUCGAGGCUCGAGCGAGCGCGCGACGCAUAGACUAAAGCAUUCUAGGUUAGAUUUUAUUUAGUCAUUUUGUAAACUAAGUUCACGUGCGAAACAAGUAUGGUUAUCAUAUUAUUUAAAUCGGCUCCGUUCCUAUAGAGGCCACAUACUUUCCUAUCAUUAUUUAUGCUCGUAUUCUUUAAUUAUAGUUUUAAUAUAUGACGUAAUUUCAUGCAAUAAGUAAGAAAGUGUCAAAAGCUUUUCAGUGUGGAAGUAAUCGGUCCUAUUUGAUGGCAUCGCUAUUUAUCGUGCAAUAAUUUAUGUAAAAGUUCAUUACAGCGUGUAUAGGUUGUUCGCGGGCGUGCCCGACCCGGGCCGAGCGACCGAUCCCAACAAGACUGACUAACAUUUCACCUUCGUGUACAAACGCGGCUACGGGCAACAGUCAAUUCACGUUUGCGAGCUUUCUUUUCAUGUAGUUCUUAUGACUGUAUAUCAUUUUGAUUAGGAUAGUCGGCGACGCUCUUCUGAGCGCGGUCAUUUCAAUAGCACUUCUCGCUUACAUAGUGAGGCACGGCGCACGCCAGGGAUGUUGACUUACGUAGGUUGCUAUUCCAGCUGUCCAAUUUCUUGCGCAUUGCGUCUUACUCUCUCACUAAGCAAAAUGUGAGACGAAAAUACACAUUGGGCAGGUGGAAUACCACCCAUGCGUAGAGGCGGUCAGGAUGCGAAUAGACUGAGUAGUCUGGGUAACGGGAGUCGGCGCCGAGUGCCGCGGCCGCGCGAGACGCUAAACUAACCAUUGGUCUCGAUUUGGUCAUCACUUUUUAUGUUAUUGUUAAAGUUUCAAAAACGCGUUACAUUUCGUUGGUCGUUAUGGUUUUCGAGUCUUCCCUAUGCGUGUGAAAAAUUACAGCAUGGCUAAAUUUUACUAAAUGGUGUAUAGUAUGGUCGCCGCGGCCGCUGCGUUGUCGGUGUUGAAAUUGUACAGCUUAGGAGGAAAUACAUUUGUAUAUUUGUGCUUGGUCAAGGCGCGGCAAGUAUUAUCGACAACGCGUGAGCGUAGGAGUAAGGUAUUGUGGACGGCAAUAUGUCUGCUUCGGACUAACCUGGGGUUGCCUCAUUGCCGUCGGUACGAGUAAUGGAUUAGUCACAGAUGUAGUCAUCACAAAUGUGUAUUCCCGCAUUAGAAGUUAUUCAUUUUUGGCUAAGUAUAUUUGAAGUGAUUCAACAUUAAAAACAUCUUGUUGUGUCGAUUUCAUAUUUUUAGAAAAAGUAUAAAUAAUGCGAUUAUUGUCGAAAAUUGUAAAUGUAAUUUUUUUAGUUCUUCAAUCAUGUUUUUUGAUGAAUUAUGGUGAACAAAAUGAAGUAUUUUCAUCGUUAAAUGUGACGCUUUUAACCAAAAGGCCGGUUGUCGAUAAGGUUGAUUUCAAAUUAAGCCUACAUGGAAAUAGCGCCUUAUAGACAACCGACAAUAAGUAUCCUUUUCGUUGAAAAUGGCACAAAUGUUCGUUAACUCGUAUUGUACAAGGCAAUAUUAUAAUGAAGUGUAAUUAAACCAUAUAUGUCUAAACAUGAUCGUAAAUACCAUAGUUGUACCUAAUUGUUACUUUCUAUUUGCUAGAUAGUAUAAUCAAAUUAGAUUGGGUAUUAAAAUGUAAAGUGUUUUGUAACAAUAAAUCUGCGCGUCUACGCAAUAAUACAUUUAUUCGAGUUUGUUCGUAACGCAAAUGCUGUCGGUGGCGAUAUACGUUAGGAUAAUUUACUGGUACUUGCUGCUCAUGAUAUUUUAUACAAUAUGCGUUUUGUUGGGGUCAUUUACACUUGGCUUUACCCCUUCAAUAAUUUAUGGCGGUAAUCAGGUGUCAACUGGGUGCUCAGAAAGACCAAGUGUAAAUAACGCGAGCAAACACGCUGAGCCAUCGUCAGUUUGCGUUAAAUCUUUACAAAAUAACCACAAUGUUAUAAAGCACCUUUUAUUUCCCACAUCGCAGUUAUAUUAUGUAAAUCCGAACAAUUUGAUAUGUGAAAGUUGCACCAAAAAUGUAUUUGUACGUGGUCGGAGCCCGCCCGGUAGGCUGGAGUGUAGUUAAUUUAAAUUAUAAUUUAAAGUUCGCAUACCUAAAGUAAGUCAUGAUCGAUCGGUCUGCGGACGCAUGAAGAUUUUUAAGCUAUAGUUCUAACUUUAUGUAUUAUAAUACAUGAUGCUUUUGAAACUGAAUUGAAUUCUUAUUGUAAGUAUAAAAUAAAUAUUAAUAUUCAUAGAAACAGUUCUCAGUGUUUAUUUUUCUGUAAGAUGUAUGGUAAAAAUCUGCAUACGCAAUUUGACUUGUAUUCAGUUAAGGUCACAACCUGUUCAAAAAUACGAAAAUAUUUGUUAACUCAUAAUUAAAUAAAGCUUAUUAUAAGAUA